AUGGAUACCGUUAUACAAUGUUUCGAGCAUCGCUUCUCCUGCGAUAUCUUAAGAAACUUUAUAAGGUAUGACACGGCGUACCCAAGCGGAACAAUGCUGCUGAGAGAAGUCAAGAACGAAAAGUUACGCCAGUUUUUUCAAUACACUUUGGAAUUGAAACAGGAGUUUUCAACAAAUUGUAUGAGUAAUGGACUUACUGUUGAGCUCUUUGACCUGGGCAAUGAGCAAUUAAAGCUUUUAAAUAGGCUAGCGGAUGGGGAGACGGCUUGGAUCACUGAUCCAAUGUACUUGUGCGCCAAACAGCUUCUGGGGAUAAGCAAACUACUCGAUAAGCAAAAUGCUAGCCUACGUUCUGCCGGCUUUAACAAGCAGAAAGCAAAAGGGGACUUGGAGGAUGAGAAGUUUUUAGAAAAGUGCGUCAGAACUAUUCAUACAAGCUUUAAGCUGUGUCUAAAUGACAGGAACCCCAACGCUUGCGAGAACAAGAAAUGGGGGGUCUAUUUGUUCACCAACCUGGAGCUCAAGAUCUAUAAAAUGUUGUACAACAGAGACAUGGUACGAAACUUGGUCAAAGUCAUGGAUAGUCGAGUUUCGGAGCUACCCACACCGGAAAAUGCUUUGCAAUUGAACAAGGCGCAGCUAGUCACUUAUUACUACUACAUGGCCGAGUACUAUGGAUGUCAUGAAAUAGACUUCGAACGCGGCUAUGAGUUUGCACGGAAAGCCUGGCUUUCUUCGCGGGGGAAAGGUGGGUCCCAGGAAAACACGAUUAUGCUGUUACUGGUGCCAUUUGCGAUGUUGGCGCGCAAAUGGUAUCCUGAUUUGCAGAUACUGCGAGCCAAAUACCCUCUGGUUGCCGGGGUUUACGAGCCGGUGAUCAAGUGUCUUCAAAAUGGGGACCUCUUCACGUUUGGAAAAUGGCUGGAUUUGAAUGAGUCAUUUCUGCUACGUCAAAACCUGUUUGUGGCGAUGGUCAUGAUAAGAGAGCUUGUUCUACUGAAAGUACUGAAACUGAGCUUCCAGUUCUUCGGGUCUGGCCCCAUCGUGUCGUUGAAAUACGUGGCGGCGGCUGUCACCAAAAGUGAAAGCCAUCAGGGCGUAAAACAGGUGCCGGAGGAAAAACUGGAUAGCACGGAGUGCAUGUUGGCAAAUCUCAUUAGUAAAAACUACAUCAAGGGCUAUCUCUCGCACUCGAACCGGGCGUUGGUGGUGAGCAAGACAAACGCGUUUCCGAAGCUGGCCGCAACGCAUGCUCAGGGAGGCUGUCCCUAG